AUGCCUGCCAUCAUCGAAACCGACUUGCCUUCCUCCAAGGCGGACAAAAAGUCCAAGAAGAACAAGGAGAAGAAACGGCCGCGGGAAGACGAUGAAGCCACCGAGGCACGCAAUCACAAACGAUCCAAAAGUGAGGCCCCUGCCGCAGAUGAAGCAGAAGAGGGUCAGCACGUCAAUGGAGAGGAGAAAAAGAAACACAAAAAGUCGCGCAAGUCAAAGCAGACCAAGACGGAUGAUGUCGACGCGGAACCAGAACAGGUAGAAGAGGCCCGGUCCAAGAAGGAGAAGAAGCAAAAGAAGAAGAAGGAUAAGACUGCAAAUGGCGAGGAUGUAGCAGAAGACGCUGUCUCUGAGUCGCCAGCUAAAUCCACCAAGAAAUCCAAAAAGAACAAAAGCGAGGUGGAAGCUGCAUCAGAGACCGUGGUCGACGAUGCAGCCACCGAAGAGGCCGCACUCGAAAAGAAGAAGAAGAAGAAGCGAUCAAGGAGAAAGUCGGAUCGUCCGGCAGAGGAGGAAGCUGAGGAGGACUCUGGUGCCGCCAUUACCAAAAAGUCAAACUCCGAGGCUCUGCCGCCAGACUCUCCAGCCUCGCAGGGCUUCGCCCUCGACUUGAUGGACGUCGACAGCCCCUCAAUAGCACGCUCUGCCAAGUCCGACAUACUUCAGCCCGCCCACGCGCCCUCGAACCCAGAAUUCCCCUUUGCCACACAAAUCGUGUCGCUUUACGUCCCCCUGUUUCCCAUCGGCUUCGACAAGCCCCUCACAAAGGUAGCAGAGCAGCACCUUCAGCCGCUGCUGAAUCACUACUCGCCUCUGAUGAAGGGCGUCCUGCUUGAUUACAGACACGUCACGCUCGGCGAACACCCCACCCGUGCCGACCCCCGCAACCCGCCCACCGACCGAACCCCGACGCUGCUGUCUUGCAAGGACGAGUACGCCGUCGGCUUUGGCUGGCUGACGGCGGAGGUCUACCUCUUUGUGCCCCGCCGUGGUGCCUGGAUGGAGGGCGUGGUCAACCUGCAGAGCGAAGGCCACCUGGGCGUCGUGUGCUGGAACCGGUUCAACGCCAGCAUAGAGGCCAACAGGGUGCCCGAGGGGUGGAGGUUCAUCGACGUUGUGCAAAAGGCCGAGGAUGCCAAGAAGGCAAAGUUCCGGAACGCGGGCAAGAAGAUCAACCUUGAGGAAGCUGAGGGCGAGGGCGACAAGGAAGCGGAGGCUGCUGAUGAGGCCGGUGAAGACGACCAGGAGGACCUCGAGGCCAGCCUACAGCAGAUGCACGCGACGGGAUACUGGGUCGAUGCGGCCGGCAAGCGCAUCGCGGGCAAGGUGCGGUUCAGAAUCAAGAACUUUGACGUCGGCACGGCGGGCGACCAUGGCUACAUCAGCAUCGAGGGCACCAUGCUGGAUGAUGAGGCGGAGCGGGAGCUGCGGGUCAAGGAGAAGGAGAGGGAAAAGGCCAGGAUGGCCAAGGCCAACACGAGCGGCAUGCUGAGGAGGUUGACGAGGAGCGUGCCCGAGUUCAGCAUGACGAACUUUGGCAAGGAGGAUGAGGAGCAAGACAGUUCAAAGAAGGUGGAGUUGUAUGCUGGUAGUCGAGCCAUGACGCCGAGCUGA